AUGCGGUCUGUCAUCUCUCUCUGCCAUGUCUCCUUGGCAGCAGUUGUGCUGGCUAUCGCCAAUAGUGGAAGCACGCCGCUCUAUAAGGAUCCAUCGGCUGCAGUUGAGGAUAGAGUGGCCGAUUUACUGUCGCGGAUGACGAUUGAGGACAAGGCUGCUCAAUUGGUCCAGGGAGACUUGAGGGACUGGAUCAAUACCGGAGAUGGUAGUGUAAACCAAACCGGUCUCGAAUGGAGUAUGAAAGUGAGAGCCGGAUCAUUCUACGUUGGUAUUGCCAUACCAUGGAAAAUGCUCAGUGGUGGCAUCAGGACCGGCCAGGACUAUCUCGUGCAGAAUACGACCCUCGGUAUUCCUGCGUGGGUUCAAUCCGAGGGCAUUCAUGGCUUCUUGAUCCCAGGUGCUACUAUCUUCAACUCACCUAUCGCCCACGCAUGUUCCUUCAACCCAUCUCUAGUUGAGAAGAUGGCAAGGGCUAUUGCUCAAGAAGCUCGCGCCUUAGGGGUUAAUCAAAUCUUUGGGCCUCUCGCUGACUUAGCUCGUGAGCUACGGUUUGGCCGUGUGGAGGAGACAUUCGGAGAGGAUGGUUACUUAACUGGUGAACUAGCCUAUGCCUACGUAAAGGGUCUCCAGUCGGGUAACGUAUCAGCUAUGGUUAAGCAUUUUGCGGCGUUCGCGACACCAGAGCAAGGUAUUAACUGUGCUCCUGUGCAUGGGGGCGAAAGAGAGUUACGCACUACAUACCUUCCUCCAUUCAAGCGAUCGAUCAUAGACGCCGGUGCUUUGUCCGUCAUGUCAGCUUACCACAGCUAUGAUGGAAUUCCGGCCGUUGCCGAUAGGCAUACCCUUACCGAUAUCCUAAGGGAUGAAUGGGGUUACAAGUACUUCGUUAUGAGCGAUGCAGGAGCUACGGACCGCCUGUGUAAAGAUUUCAAGAUGUGCAAAUCCGACCCAAUUGAUUCUGAAGCUAUAGUCAACUAUGCGCUACUUGCGGGCAAUGAUGUUGAAAUGGGCGGCGGAUCCUUCAACUUCGAGAAAAUCCCUGAAAUGGUCAAGUCAGGAAAGCUGUCCACCGAAGUAGUAGACGAGGCCGUGUCCAGACAACUGCGCGCAAAAUUCAAAGCUGGCUUAUUCGAGAAUCCCUUCCCCGGUGUCUCGGAUGAAGAUCAGUCCAAAUACAUCAAUGCCUCUGAGGUAGUCGAGCUUGCAAGAGAGCUCGACGCUGAAUCUAUUGUCCUGCUGGAAAAUCAUGGCAACCUCCUUCCUCUCAAGAAAGAUGCAAAUAUUGCCGUUAUCGGACCGAUGGCUCACGGUUUCAUGAAUUACAGCGACUAUGUCCCCUAUAAGGCCCAGUAUAGAGGAGUUACACCGCUAGACGGUAUAAAGGCAGCGAGUACGGGGAAAGUCACGUAUGCGCAGGGUUGUGAGCGCUGGUCGAACGACCAAUCUGGCUUUUCUGAAGCCGUGAACGCAGCAGAAGAGGCCGACAUAGCUGUUGUGGUCGUAGGUACAUGGUCGCGCGACCAGGAUGAGUUUUGGGACGGACUAAACGCCACUACUGGCGAACACGUCGACGUCCAUAAUCUAAAUCUCGUCGGUGCCAUGCCACACUUAGUUAAAACCAUCAUUGACAGGGGGAAGCCUACUGUCGUCAUAUCGGAUGCAGCUUCGGCCUUGUUGCAGCAGUUCUAUCCAUCUAAGCAAGGAGGACACGCUUUAGCGGACGUGCUAUUCGGUGACGUAAACCCGUCUGGGAAGCUGUCCGUCUCAUUCCCUUAUGAUAUCGGAACCACGCCAAUCUAUUAUGACUAUCUGAACUCUGCGCGGGCGUAUCCCGAUUCCGGUUCUGUCUCCGAGGACGGUUCUAUGAAAUUCGGCCAUGACUACGUGCUUCAGAGCCCUUUACCGCUUUAUGAGUUCGGCUACGGCAGGUCUUAUAGUACUUUCGCAUACUCGCACAUGACGCUCUCACAAUCUACCGUGUCCCCAACGGACACUAUCACGGUAUCUAUCGACAUUACCAACAACUCGACGCGCGACGGCGCCGAGGUAGUUCAACUAUACGUUCAAGACUUAGUGGCUAGUGUUGUGGUGCCUAACAAACAGCUUCGAGGCUUCUCCAAGGUCUUCAUACCGGCUGGUGCUACUGAGACGGUGAAAAUUGAUAUUACCGUUGCUAACUUGGGGCUCUGGGAUAUAGGUAUGAAGUACGUUGUUGAGCCCGGCGAAUUUACUAUUCAUGCCGGUAGCUCGAGCAACAACCUCAGGACCAAUGUUACCUUUACUGUUGUUUAG